AGCUUGCUAGAAUUGGCAAGGCAACUACUAGCACAGAUGUCUUUGCUUUCGGGGCAUUUAUGCUCGAAGUAGCUUGCGGACAAAGACCUCUAAAGGUACAGGGAUUGAUUGAUGAUAUGAGUUUGGUUCAGUGGGUUUUGGAGAAAUGGCAAGAAGGAACAAUUCUUGAGACAACUGAUACGAGAUUGGGAGGUGAUUUUUUGGUACAGGAAAUAGAGUUGGUUUUGAAGCUAGGUCUGCUUUGCUCGCACUAUAAUCCGGUGACUAGGCCUAGCAUGAGGCAAGUGAUGCAGUAUUUGGAUGGGGAAGCUAUCUUGCCCGAAGUAUUUACGGAUAUUGCAGGUGCUGGCAUGGCUGCAUUAUUUGGGAAUGAAAUUUCAAAUGAAUUUGCAAUGACAUUCCCUCCAUCAUCCUCGGGGAGUGUUUCUGCUAACACCAUGUCUGUUACUGAAUCACUCCUUAGCGUGGGACGUUAA